AAGCCGAGAGAAUGGCGGAUGGCCAUCUCUGACCAAGAAUACCUCAUAUCAACCGAGCUCAACAGCAUUUCACACGACUUUGUGAACAAUGCCUACUCGUCCGAGGACAUGUAUUGGGCGAAAGCCAUGCCGGCUGCGAUCCUCCGAAACAUGCUGUCCAAUUCCUUGGUGAUGGGACUCUACGCACUGGAACAAGUGGGGUUCGCUCGCUUCGUCACGGAUCAUGUCACAGUCUUUUACUUGACUGAUGUUUACGUUGAACCAGACUCCCGAGGAAAGGGACUGGGAAAGUGGCUGAUCUCGUGCUGUCGGGAGAUACUCGACUCGAAGCCGCAUUUGAUGAGAGCGAUGCUCAUGGCUUCGCCGGGAGAGGGCAAGGAGUUCUAUGCAAAAAGCCUCGGUAUG